GGAAGCCGGUAUACCCGCCGAAACACCGUGCAUUUAUCGAGACUUUCAACCCCAGGAAGCCACGCCUGACCAUCAGAGCAGCAGCAGCAGCAGCAGCAGCUCAGAGACUGAAACGAACUUCAGCGAAGACCUGCAGCAGCAACCAGUUCAUCAUGAGUCUCCCAACUCACCGUCAGUGCAGCAUCGAGAUCCAGAAUAAGACCACGACGUUCACCCUGUGCAACCCACGUAUGCACAUUGUGAGCGGCUCCUGCAGCUCACCCCUGCCUCCCACGCUCAGCCCCUACGAGAACGGCAACGCCCUCUUCACCAAGAAGCCUCACACGGCGUGUGGCUCUGUGACCGUCUUCACCUACGACCUCCAGCACGUGUCCACCCUGCAGUUCAACGGCAGAGUCGCGGUGAUGUUCUCGGUGCCGUACGACUUCAACUUCUACUCCAACUGGUACGCGGUAGGAGUCUUUGACAUGGACAAAGCCUGCGACCAGCACCUUUACGACGAGAUGUACAACAAGUCGGAGCAAAAAUUCGUCAGGGGCAAAGCCAAGGGGCCGAGUCUGACCUACAGGGGGGCCUACAUCACUGUCAGGGCCACCAUGUCCGACACCUACCAGCCCAUCCUCAAGGUCGCCAUCUGCAACAACUGAGGCCCAGAGCGGCACCUGCAGCGUGCACCAUAAAGUCAGUCAGUCAGUUCGAUUCUCUCCUCAUUUUGUAUCCACAAACAAAUAUUAAAUCUCAACAUUUAUUUGAAAUUUGGAUUUCUUUCCCUGCCCCUACUUCCUGAUGACAUCAAAAAAAUGGUGAGCUGUGAUUGGUCAGUAGUGUGUCUGUGAUAUAGUCUGAACCUGAUGUUAAACUGUUUUUUUGUUUUGUUUGACACAAACUUAAUUUUUACUUUUGAUGAUGUCACUCAGAAAUCGUCAUGGCGACUGUAUUCCUGUGGUCCAGUGAGAUGAAACCACAGAGCUGUGCAGCUGUGAACAUCUGGAUGAGAUAAUAAAGGCUGAGUGAGCACUAAA